AUGCACCUGCAUCCGUCAGCGAGCAGACGACCAGUUUGUGUCACGAGACCUUGAAAUGAGUCGAUGUCUGCAACUGAUCCUAUGUUUCGUCAUCUUAGUCACUCUAGUUGUGACACGGGAUGUAUCACCAUGGAAACCAUGUCAGCAUGGUGCCGGCUGCUUCUGUCCGCCAGGAAAGUUUGGUAAAUGUGCCCAUGAGGAAUGUCACUGCCAUGAAGAUAGUGGCCAUAUGUAUUGUGAGUUUAAUAUAGAUUGUGUGAAGUUAUGUGAUCGACUAGAUGCUAUUUGUUUUAAUGAUCAUCAUUGUCACUGUAACUCUGAACACGUUAAAAAAUACGUAGAAUAAUCUCAGCCAAUAAGAUCACGGGCACCUGCAGGGCUAUUAAUAGACUGUAUUUUCUACACACAGUUUUCAACUGUAACAGGGGUUAUCAUUAUACUCAUAUGAAGUUUUAACCAAAUCUAUAAAAAAGAGCUGCUCAUUAUUUUUGAAGUUGGUAUAGAUGGACAAAAAUAUUCUAAAAAUAAUAAAUAUGAUGUAUUUGUAAAAGAAACUGAGAAUUUAUAUUUUUGGGCCACGGUGGUUAAAUGCUGGUUCACUAACCAGGAGUUCUUGGUUUCUAUCCCGGUUUAGUCAUUGAUGCAGGACGGGUGGGACGACAAUCCGAGAUCCCGCAGACUAAAGAACCCUUGGCAGUUAGAAUUCGAAAUAAGAGGAGGCCGUAUACUGCCGCUGUCCGGGCAAAAUUUCCCCCACAGCACACUAUGUGACAUAUGCCUGUCUUCAUUAGCCCAGUCGAUGCGCAGCAGUAGGACGUUAAACCCCAUUUCCUUUCAUUCCGCUAUCAACGGUUCAUUUACGGGCAGGUCAUUGUUACACUGGUAGACCUUAGUUUUUUGUCCCACCUGAUCGACUCGGCAACACCUAGCUUGUUAGCGUCUAAGGCGCUAUACUGUUGAGUUUCGAAUUGCUGGUUUGCCGUAUAUUUACAAAACAUAUAUUUGUUAAAUAGUUAAUUUAUUAUAUUCAUUGACUCGGCACUCACAAAUGAAAACGUAAUCUUUACAGUUCAAAAGGCCCAAGCUUUAAUCCGACCCAGAAUUGGGGACUAGUCGUCAAAUUCUCACGAUAGUCUACGUGUAUUACCAAGUUAUAGACCUAUAACAACCCCAUCUCCCCUGAAAAAAUGAUUUGCCCACCACCACCGAAAAUAGUUUUAAAAUACCCACUGUUUGUAAUAGACAGCAGUCGUGGAUCAUCAUGUGGUAUAUUAAUUUGGGGAUAUGGCACCUUGCAUCCAAGCUCAUAUUAUUGGUUAUGUGUCUGCAAUCUAUCUGCCAUGUAUCUUGUACUGACUUGCCCAUUGGUCCACUGUCUUGUCACUAUGUUCAUUGUCCAGAGUUCGCUAGCUAGAGAACGAUUUUCUGGUCUGGAAAACGCGUUUGCGGCCGCUCAAUUAGUCUUUAAUUAGACUUUUUGUGAAUAACAGAUUAGGACCGCAUUAAUACGAAUAUUGUUGGAUAUGGUGGUCAUUUAAGGCAGAGAUCUAGUCUCGAAGGAGAGUAGAUAGUUCUAUGUUUGCCGAAUGGGUGUAAGCCCAUCUUCAUUGACCCGGUGGUUUCACAAAAGUACGUUGAACCCGAUUUCAUUCCAUUUACCAUCUCAGAUAAGCGAUUACAUUUCAAGGGAGAUAAAUCCAUUUAAGGAACUAUUGAUCUGCGAUAUCACCUCGGUGGAAGCGGACGUAAAAUACAACUAAUUCAUCAUCAUUUAAAAUGGCGGACGAGAAGACUUCUGUGGUGAUUCUCGACGGAGGAUCGGCAACGCAGCUAGUAGAGUUGGGUCAUAAAACAUUACAUGAGGAUCCACUGUGGUCAGCUAAAUUGAUAAAGACCUGUCCGUCUGACAUUAAACUCGUUCACAAACAAUUCUAUGAAGCUGGUGCUGAUAUCUGUAUAACGUGUACCUAUCAGGCUUCUGUUGGUGGCUAUAAACAACACUGUAAUAUUGAUAAAGAUCAUGCUAUACAAUUGAUGAAAGAUAGCGCUCAUUUAGCCCAGGAAGCGGCAAAGGAAACAGAAGCUGUAACGGGUAGGAAAUGUUAUGUAGCAGGUUCAGUUGGACCAUAUGGUGCCUGUUUACAUGAUGGAUCCGAAUAUUCAGGGAAUUAUGUUGAAUCGCUAUCAAUACAGGAGUUAUCUACCUGGCACUUACCACGAAUAACAGCUCUAGCUGAGGCUGGUGUCGACUUUCUUUCUAUUGAAACAAUACCAGCUUUAAAAGAAGCUGAAGCAGUCUUGGAAACAUUAAAACAUUUUCCAAAUUUAAAAGUUUUUGUUAAUUUUUCUUGUAAGGAUGGUUUCCAUACAUGUCACGGCGAACGAUUAACUGAUUGCAUACGCUUGGUUAACCAGUCUCAUCAAGUAAUAGCUUCCGGUAUGAAUUGUUCUCAUCCGCAGUUUACAUCAUCUUUGUUAACCAGUCUUCAAGUUGAUGACAUCACUAAACCCAUCAUCGUCAAACCGAACUCGGGAGAAGACUGGACACAGGGAAUAGGAUGGGCAGGAAGGGAUAAAGAAGAGUAUUUACUAUCCGAGAACGUGGAUGAAUGGAUCAAGUUAGGUGCUAGAUGGAUCGGUGGCUGUUGUCGUUUGUUUCCACCAGAUAUUGCACAUCUACGUCGAACAUUGGAAAACAAUAAAACCAUAUCAUUAGACGGACCUGUCGUAUAAAUAAAUCUCUUUUACUAAUAAA